GAAAGCAGAGAAUGUAGCUGCCCAUCUAGAGUCUGGACUCUGCCAGAGUCCAGUGGCAGACGCUUCAAAAUCCCUCUGCUCUGGCAUCGUCGCAUUCCAGUCUUUAAUCCUUCAUAGCGCUUAGUGAGCCUUGAGCUUGUUCGCUUGUCUAAUGCUGAGCUCUGCACGCAUGCUUGUCUCCAUUUGAAGGUUGGUUUCUCCCAGGUUUGAGGAGAACAUUCCAUCGACAGGGCUUGACGUGGUCCUGGCCGACAGAAAUGAGCAGCUCAGCGGCAGCAUUGGCGGGCUUCAGGCAUCUCUUGAGAGCCCAGCGGAAGUCCUUUGCUGGGGACAGCGUGAUGCAGGCUGGGGCGGUGAAGGAGAUACGGAGCCACUUUGAGAAGAACAGGGACGCAAGUGAUCCAGAAGAAGUGCAAAAGCUUGUAGCUGGUUGUUAUGAUGCAGCAGACUUUCUGAGUACGUUUGUGGUGCAAGCGGAGCUUAACGACCGAGGGAACUACGAAAUGAAGUUGCAACCUGAACAUGCUGAGAAGGUUGCAGAGGAUGUUGGGACGGCUCCGACAAUGCGGCCGCCGAUAACGGAGAGGGGUCAAGGGCGUAAGCAGACCAGCAGAACUGGAGGAUCACGGGAAUUUCACAUAGUUCCCCACAACCAAGGCGCUGCACUCAACUACUCAACUGAGAAUUUAAGCCAUUGGUUCGCCGAAACAGAACAAUAUCGAUGCUUUGGAUGA